AUGAUGACCAAUAUUCAAUUAUUAUCAAUACCAACUUGUUUCAAUUGUUUACCAAAUGAGCUUAUUUUGAUUAUUUGGACAUACUUAGGUCAUGUUGAAGCAAUCAGAAUAUUUGGAACUAUGAAAUAUCAGCGAUAUACACGUCUAUUAGAAAAAUAUUGCUAUAAGAGUAUCAAUUUUCAUGAAUCAUCUUUAUCGGCUUUUCAACUUUUUUGUUCUCAUUUAUUCAAUAAAAUACGAUUGAAUGUAGAAACAUUAAAAACUGGUCAUCGAUUUUCUUAUUCACAAUUACGUAUUUUUACCCAAAUGCGUUCAGUAGCUUCUGUAUCACUUUUGGAAAUGUUUCCAAAACUGCAAACACUUGUCUUGUACAAUGUUCCGGAAAUGUGUAUUGAUGAUCUUGAAUCUUACCUGGUAGAUAUUCCGUUUCUACGGCAUGUGACACUUAAAAAGUGUUCAUUAAAAAAAGUAUCAUCUUUGAUUUGUUCAAAUCUUCUUGGUCAUGGAUCAAUCAGUCAACUGCAGAGAUGUACUCUUCAUAGUGAUCAUCGAAAGAAUGGAAUUAUUUUUCAUGAGCCAAUUUCAUCCUUUUAUCAAGUACAAAACUCUCUCAUUUAUCUUCGAAUUUAUAUGGAAGAUUUUAUAUCAUUGAAAAAUUUACUUCAAUUUCUUCCAAAACUCUUAACACUUGUAGCUGUUAAUCGAAUUUUGUUUUCAGAAUAUUGGCUAUCUAUGUUAGUUGGAUUGUAUUAUGAUAAAUUGAACUGUGUUUAUGUCAUUUUUUCAUUACCUUAUGGAUUUUUUGAUUAUUUUGUAACCACCACGGAUAUCAUCAAUACACAAUUCAAUCAGACUGGAUAUCAACUUAACGAUUUAGUACCAAUGCUAUUUGCAAAACCUCAUCAAGUAUCUGUAAAGAUUGGUCAAAAUGAAACAUUAAGAUCAUCAUUUAUGGCUUUGUUAAAACAAGGAACUUAUCGAGGUGAAGAACUUAUUAACACGACUAUGUCUUGGUUCAAUUGGAUGCCACAUCUACGAUUAUUGCGCAUCGAUUCACAAAUGUUAUUAAAGCUUGUACCAACAAUAAAUCUUACUGGUACAAUUGAUCAAUUUUCAUCUCUCGAAAAACUUAUUGUCGAUGAACUAAAUAACACUCCAGAUGACGACACUUUAAAUACCAUUGCUCGAUUAGGUGUAUCAUCAUCGUUGAAAACCAUUUAUGUUCACGAAUAUAUAAUGUUGAAUUUUCAAUCAAUCGAUGACAACAAUUUUCUUUUGACUAUUUGUCAAAUUUGUUGCAACAUGCAUAAAUUGGAAACGAUGACAAUUAAAUUUGCAAGUUCACAUUUAUUAUCCAAUAGUAUAAUGCUGGAAGAGCUUGCUGGUACUGAAAAGAAAAACUGUCAAUUCGAAUGUAUUUAUGUUUCAGACAGUUUUAUUCAAUUUUGGCUUGACAAAUGA